UGGGACCCACAGAGCCCAAUCCAAAGGGUCCGCAGUUGUUUUAUGUAAGACAUAUUCACACAAAUCUCUCUCUCUUAAAAAUCAAAGUUUGCUAAUCAUUUUCUCUUUCGAUUACCGGCGAGCAAUUUCCGAUGACGUGUCUUCUUUCUUUAAAGAGAUAAUUCCAUGCUUCUGCAAGUCAUUACCUAGAUGAAGAACUGUCCGUUCUCUGAAGUGCAGUAUGAUUGCUUCAACUGGGAUGCAUGAGAGCCGAUUCCUUUUUAUUACAAUAAACCUCCUAAAGAGCUAAAACACAGAUUUUCUUACCAGCUUGUUUUGUUGUUUCACACCUUUUUUUUGGUUGAAGUUUUAUUUACGUAUAUACUUUGAAGAAUCUUUUCACACCUUUGAAUUACCAUAAUCGUUAUAAAGAGCUGAAAAGCAGAGUUUCUCUUCCCGACUGGUUUCUUGUUGUGCACAAAAUGGCAUGUGAAGAAAUUCUGAAGGCUGUUUUCCCAUUUCUGGAGGGUAAUGACCUGGCUACAUGUAUGAUAGUGUGCAAACAGUGGCGAGAUAUUGCACGAGAUGAUUACUUCUGGAAAUGUCUUUGUUGUAAAAAAUGGCCAUCAAUUUGCAAACGGCCAUCUCCUCCUACUGUAACCUACUAUAAACUAUUUCAGAACUUUCAUAAACGGCAAAAUCGCCGGACUGUUCUCCCUCCGAAACUUUCCUUCAAUGACUUGGAGUUCUACAUUGACAUUUGGACCGAAGAGAAAAUAAUUUAUUCAGAUGUGGUACCAGGGCCUGUUCUUCAGAAGGGAAUCCGGAUCCCACCUCCUGGAAUCUGUGAUGUGCUUAGGUUCCACUUAGAAGGGACUGAAUACAAGAUGACUCUACCUGUGGAACCAAGAUUUACAAUUCCUUUGUGCCAGACCGUCAGCGUCUCUGUGCUUGUUGGACGCAAAGAUACAAAUAAAGUUGCAUGCAUUAUCAAGAAAUCCCUUUUUGAUUAUAUCGAUCGAACAUCAUAUCGGGCUUUAGCUUUUGACUAUCUUGAUUUCUCCUCUCCUAUUUACUUGUUUGUAUCGGGUGUUCGGGCAUGGAUAUCUUUGCUGUUCACGGACCAUGGUAACGAGGGCGCACUUGAUGUUUUUGGGAUAGAGAUGGAUUUCUGUGAUGCUGCCAAUUCUGAAGACGAGGUCCUGUGGCUUCUAGACAUGGUGGACUGGAAGUAAACUCAGUGGUGACUGUCUUCUAGAUAUCCGUCAGGUGGCCAAUCCUAGCUGGAGAAUGUCCACUUUGGCUAAAUCUUGUACAUAGUUAUGCUGCUAGAAUGGAUGACUAUUUAAGUUAUGCACAAUGGCUAAUUCCAAUUUAAAUUUAUUUUUUCUGAAAUACAGUUUUAGUUUCAUCGUGGAAGAAUUCAGAAUUAGAUCCUCUAAGAUCAUUUCAUGUA